GGUGGGAUGGCCCGGAUGCGCCAAUUGGCGGGCGAGCGCGAGCGGUGAGCGCGCCCGCUAUAAAAGCGCGACUCCUGCCUGCGCACCGCACAAAGCCGCCAGCGACUGACACGCGAGCGCGCGCACGUGUGACGUUAAAAGGCGGCAAAGCAACCGAAGCGGCAGCGUCAUGACGAGGUCGGAGCUGAAUUUCGGGGAGGCCGAGGUUCGUCGCCCGCGGCGGCGGCAGGAGGAGGAUGACGACCAGGAAGAGGAGGAGGAGGGGCGGGGGGGCGAGGAAGAGAGGGAGGGGGCCGCGGCGGUGGGCGACGAGGAGGACGACGACGAGCGCCGCUUCGAAGACGAGCAGGAGGAGGAAGACGACGAUGACGAUGACGGCGGCGGCGGCGGCGGGGGGGACGCCGACAGCAAGCCCAAAAGGCGAGGACCCAAGAAGAAGAAGAUGACCAAGGCUCGAAUGCAGAGGUUCAAAGUUCGUCGGAUGAAGGCAAACGCUCGCGAGCGCAACCGCAUGCACGGCCUGAACGACGCCCUGGAGAGUCUGCGCAAGGUGGUGCCCUGCUACUCCAAGACCCAAAAGCUCUCCAAGAUCGAGACCCUGCGCCUGGCCAAGAACUACAUCUGGACCCUCAGCGAGAUCCUGCGCUCCGGGAAAGCCCCGGACCUGCUGGCCUUUGUGCAGGCGCUCUGCAAAGGUCUGUCCCAGCCCACCACCAACCUGGUGGCGGGCUGCCUGCAGCUCAACCCCCGCACCUUCCUCCCCGAGCGGUCGGCCGAGCCGGCGGGCCAGCCGCCGCCGCCCCCGGGCGCCGCCCCCUACGCCGCCCGCUUCUCCUACCAGACGGCGGGCCUGCCCAGCCCGCCCUACGGCGCCAUGGACCCCUCGCACAUCUUCCAGCAGGUCAAGGCUCCGGCCUACGGCGCCGCCGAGGCCUACUUGGACGGGGUCCUGGUGACGGACAGCCCCCCCUUCGACCCGCCCCUCAGCCCUCCCCUCAGCGUCAACGGCAACUUCUCGUCCUUCAAGCACGAAGCGGCGGCGGCGGCGGCGGUGGACUACGACAAGAGCUACUCCUUCGGGCCGCACUACGGCGUGGGCGUGUACCCGCAGGCGGACAACCUGCUGGGCUUCGACGGACACUCGCAUCACGAGCGGCUGAUGAACGCGCAGCUCAACGCCAUCUUCCACGAGUCGUGAGCGGGUCCUCGCCGCUCCCCGGCGCCCAGCAGCCAAACUAUGCAAGUCCGAUCUCAAAGCCCCCGUAAAAAAAAAUUCAACGUCUGUCUCGUUGCUCUUUGGGACGCAGCGUGUCAGCUCUUCACUUUCGGCUUCUUUGUCCAGGCUCCUUCGGCGAUGACAAAGGCACUUUCUCCUGCGUGCUCAAUCAUUUUCGGCCAUUCUAACCAUUUCCAUCGCUUGAUUGGCAAAUUGAAAUUGACAAAGCUCAAUUGUUGAUGAUCCGGCGCCCGCUUUCGAGUCGCAACCGAAAAGGGGCCCUUUGGGUGCCGCCCCCACCCCGACUUUCUCCGCUGGGCCGGCUGAAGUUCCACAUCCAAAGAGCCGCUGUCGAAUGCCAAAGGGAACGCUGAGCUGCAGUCUUAGCGCAAAUGAGCACGAGUGGUCGGUGUCGCGGAUAUGUUUUGGCUACGUGCCGCCCAUGGUUGGGGGGGGGGGGUGGAAUUGGGUCACUCGAGAAUGACGCCAGUCAAUCUCUCUGGGUCCUUCCAUCCAAUGAAAUCGCAACCUUGGCUUUU